AUGUUACUCACUGUGGUGCCAGCUCUUCUCCUCAGCGGCUUUGUGCUCGCUCAGGUCCAAGAUCCGGACACUGGUCUCGAACCCGUUGACCCCUCCAACGUGCCUCUCCGGGCACGAUAUGUAGUCGAAUUCUCAGAAGCUGGCUCUGAAAAGUUUCGAGCUCGCGACGGCUCCAUGAAUACCGAGGGCUUCUAUCAGAGCGUCGCUCAGGACACUAAUGUCACUGCCAAAGCCGCUCUCAACUUCACCUCCAGCAUCUUUCAUGGCGCGUCGUUUGAUUUAGCCAGCGACACUGCUGCGACAGAUCUAGAGGAAAUCAAGGCGUUGCCUGGGGUUGUAAACCUGUGGCCCGUCGCAACUGUCUACGCCAGCCCGAAGAUUGAGUCUACUGUCGCGAACUUUAGCCAAUGGAGCCCUCACAAUCUAACCCGUGUCAAAGAUGUUCAUGCUCUGGGGUAUGAUGGAAAAGGCGUUGUGAUAGCUGUAGUUGAUAGUGGCAUCGACUAUCUUCAUCCCUCUCUUGGUGGCGGCUUUGGCACGGGCUUCAAGGUCGAGUCUGGAUACGAUUUCGUCGGAGACAACUACAGUGCAAGCUCUCCGGAUGUUCUCUUUCCAGAUGAAGAUCCAAUUGACUGCCUUGGCCACGGUACACAUGUAGCCGGAAUUGCUGGCAGUUCCAAUGGUGAAUUGCCUGGCGUUGCACCCGGAGCUACCCUGAGAGCCUACAAGGUCUUUGGGUGCGAGGAUGGUACUACCGAGGACAUCAUCGCCAUGGCUUUAAUUCGGGCUUUCGAGGACGGCGCUGAUAUCAUUACCGCUUCGCUUGGCUCGAGUCAAGGAUUCCCAGAAAUCCUCUCUGCCCUGGUUGUCACCAGAAUUACGAGUCAGGGUGUUUUCGCCUCUGUUGCAGCAGGAAACGCUGGACAGCGUGGUCCAUUCUUCACCAGCAGCCUCGGCAAUGGAUACGGUGCCCUCGCAGUCGGCAGUGUUCAAUCGACACAGCAGGUUGCCUAUUCCGUUGUGGCCAGGUCAACAAGUGCCACCUGGGUAUUCUUGGUGAACUGGGAGGACAGGCUCUACGACCGUCCCUCUCGGAUCCUCUAUACACAAGGGCAGGCUGUCGGCUUCGCCAGUAUCAACUAUGAUGAUGGGGUCUGGUUGAAGAACCAAAUCCUUGCGGGCGGGAACGUGACCUUUGAGUUCAAAUAUGAUCCCGCGGCUGCGAUCGGAGUUGACUCCUUCACAAACAUGAUCAACGACUUUAGUUCAUGGGGACCGACUUUGGACGUGAGGCAGAAGCCUGAGAUAUCUGCACCUGGUGACCUCAAUGACACAGACCACUUCACCGGCCAACACACAAUUACCAUCUCAAACAACGGAGCUGAACCAGUCACCUACUCUAUCAGUCAUGAAUCCGGCCCUGCCUGUAUGACAAUGAACCCCGUGAAUUGGGUGGGACAAGAUCCUAUUCUUCAGACAGACUUCGGCCAGGCAAGUGCCAACUUUUCUGUGUCAACGAUCACGGUUCCCACUGGGGGCAAGGCCACUUUUGAUGUGGUCUUCACUGCUCCCAUUGAUAUCGAUGCUUCAGUAUUGCCUAUUUACGGCGGAUUCAUUCAUAUCGUCGGCGACAAUGGUGAGGCUCUGAAAGCCACUUAUUUAGGUGUUUAUGGGUCGCUACAUGAUGCCAAGACAUGGGAACUCGAUCGUGGCGUCCCGGUAUAUUUCGGCGCUGGUGGUUACGGCGAUACUUUCGAGGACGGCCGUGUCUUUGACUUGAACCAGGGAACCCCGGUUUUGUACUAUAACAUGCUCUGGGCUACACGUGAGCACAGUUUUGAUCUUGUCAGUGUAGACUGGAAGGAGUCCGAUUGGGUCUACCCUCAAGUCGCUGGAAAGAACAACUGGUUCGGCUCACUUCAAUUCUAUGACGCUCUGAACGAUGUGUACUAUCCGUACCCUUUCGCCUACUACCCACGAAGCUUGAACACCUUCCAGGCAAGCGUCAGCAGCAAUUAUAGCGAUGGAACGCCGAUCUUGAAUGGUCAAUACCGAAUCCUUGGCCGAGCGUUGAAGACCUUUGGCGACCGUGAAAAUGCACAAGACUGGCAAUUCAGGCUUUCCAACCGGCUGGUGGUCCAGAAUAACAGUACCGCCAACGCCUCCACCUCUACCAUCGUGCGCUAG